AUAUUUUUCAGCAUUGAAAGUAUUAUUUGUAGUAAUUUCACAGUAAUUUGAAUGCUGCAAAAUAAUGAAUGACUAAUGAGUUGAUCUUAUGAACUGUAGCAAACACAAAGAACCUUUUUUCAUUUAUACAAAAAUAAGAUAUUUGAGCUGCACUGAUUGGGCACUGAGAGAAUGAAAUGCAGGAUAUAAUGGAGUCUUAGCUGGCAAACACCCAUUGCUGACCAUUAAUUAGUUUGCAGUUAUUUUGAUGAGAACACAGGUACCUAGUAUAGAAUUAAAUUGAUUUUGCAGUGUUGUGGUUUUUUUCCCUUUGAUAGAUCUGUUUUUUCAUUUCCAAAAUGGAAAAGCGUACCCCUGAAAAGCAAGUGCUGUUUCCAAAUUGUCCACAAUCAAAAUCAUAUCCAGACACACACAGAAGUUUGAAGUCCUCCAUAAAGAAGCUUAAGGAAGGAAAUUUUUUAUAUAGUAUUUCUCAAAACAUUUUCUAAGUGUACCAACCAAGUUUGCUUUGAGCAAAGCAGUAAUUCAGACGUACCUGGCUGAUAGCAGUUUUUUGCGUCCUCUGUAAUCUUUCUGUGUAAUUGGGAUUCAAAUGUGAGCAAUGUGAGGAAUCUUCUGUGACAGCCCAGGGGGCUCGUGGCAUGCAGAGACAGCCUGAUGGAGGGGAUUCUAUCUGCUUAAUUUGCAGAUGUGCUCUGAGAACUCGAUCUGCUGUGGCUAACUGGCUGUGACUGGGUUGUUUCCUUUCCUCUCCUCUCUUCAGAUGGCACAACAAGAAACCCACCAGUCUCCAGAAGCUUUAACUCUUUGCUGUGGAAGAAGCUCAGAGUGACAGCAGGUGCCUCUUAGGAGCAGCCUACAAAACCAGAUAUACUACUGGACUCUCAAAGUGUGGAUGAUCAUGGGAGAACAACUGUUAAAGAACAGCAUCCUUGAUCAAUUUAUUAAUAGCCAUGAGCAGUCCUAUGAGGAGUUUCUAAGUACAUUCACAUAUCUUUUGAAAGAGAAAGAGGGAAAGACAAUUCAGGAAAGUAAAGUGGACUCCUUAAGAAAAAAAUGUUCUACUUCUGAAUUACCAAACAGAAAUAAACAGGAUGGCUCACCUGAAAGAAGCAAAGAAAUGUGGGUGUCAUUUCCACCACAGAUGCCAAAUGAGAAUGAGGCAGUGAUGAGUGAGUGCUCAACAGCUGGUGUCUCUGUUGGAAAUGAUCUCAGUCUGUCUGAAAAAGUGAAGGUGGACAAGUACUUACACUUGGAAGAUGUAGACACAGAUGAAGAGACAUGCAGUGCAGCGUCAUUAGUUCUUCCUGGAGAGGUGGAAGAGACAGUGAGUUGCUGUACACCCUUCUUUGAUAAGCCUAUUCAGCCGAAGUUCAGAGCCUGGUCAGUUCCCCAGCCAUCAGAAAGCAAAGCCCAAGAGCUACUGGGCGAUGAUGUUCAGCCAUUCUCCCUUGAUGAAGAAUUUGAUUAUGACAAUGUGGCACUGACCCCUAAGUUCUCUGAAGCUGAGCUGAAGGCCCUUACAGAGUUGUCUGAACAGAAAAGUGGUACAGAUGUCAAAUCAGCACCAGCUGAAGACUGAGUCGAAGGUGUUGUGUGCAGGGCUGUUGGAAUGACCUUUUCAUGGGAUGAAUGUAGCUCCUUGUUGUACCCUUAUUUAGUGUUCUUAUCUGUGUGGCCAGUGAAUGGCAUCCCUGAGAUUUGUCAUUAUUCUGUCAAGGUGCCUUGGAUCCUGCACUGGCUCAGGGUAGGUAUGCUGGAGUGACUUCUCCAUAGGAGCAAAACAAGCUGGUGGAAUUCAGAAUAACAUCGUGGCUACUCGUGCUUAUAUCUGGUACUGAUUUGGUUCCUGAGUAGUACAAAGCUGGUCCUAAAGCUGCCUUUUACGUCGUUCUUUUAGUAAUGCAAUUAAGAGCUUUUUAACAGCUGACAAAUUAGUCUAUGAGCUCUUUAAAUGUAUAGAGAAUAAAUUUGGGAAUAUUUUUUUUUCUCUGUCUUUUGAGUUACUUCAGUUCUGAAAAAAUAAAUAUUUCUGUUUCCAACAAA